AUGCCCCCAAAAAAAAUCCAAGUUACUGAGCGUCCGUUGCUCGGAAGACCUUCCAACAAUCUCAAGAUGGGCAUUGUUGGCUUGCCUAAUGUUGGAAAGUCUUCCUUUUUCAAUUCACUGACCAACAGCUCUGUGCCAUCCGAAAACUUUCCUUUCUGCACCAUCGAUCCGGCUGAAGCCCGUGUGGCUGUUCCUGAUACUCGGUUUGACUGGCUCUGUGACUUUUACAAGCCUGCCUCUAAAAUUCCUGCUUACCUUACUGUGAUUGAUAUUGCCGGUCUUGUCAAGGGUGCUGCAGAGGGUCAAGGUCUGGGAAAUGCCUUUUUGUCUCAUAUCAAGGCAGUCGAUGGCAUAUUCCAUCUAUGUCGUGCAUUUGAUGACUCGGAAAUUGUUCACGUUGAGGGCGAGAUCGACCCUGUCCGUGAUCUGGAAAUCAUUCAUGAAGAGUUGCGUCUAAAGGACGAGGAAUUUUUGACCAAGAUGGUUGAAGCCAAUAGACGCAGUGUUGAGCGACUUGGUCGUGGAGGUAAUGCUGCAGACAAGGCUAAAAAGGAAGAAUUUGAUAUGCUUAGCAAAGUCUGUAACUGGGUUGUAACCGAGAAAAAAGACGCCCGUGAUGGUGAAUGGAACGGCAAGGAAAUUGAGUUUAUCAACACUUUGCAACUGAUUACUGCUAAACCUGUCGUGUAUCUUGUCAAUCUUUCCGAGCGUGACUAUGCCCGCAAGAAAAACAAGUGGCUUCCCAAGAUCAAGGCAUGGAUUGAUGCAAACCAUCCUGGCGAUGUGCUGAUUCCUUAUUCUGGUAUGUUUGAAAAUAUGCUCACCCAGCUUGAAACUCCUGAAGAAAAGACCGAGUACCUUGCUGCUGUUGCCACUCAGCACGAAAUUUCGCAGCCAGUCAUAUCUGUCCUCCCCAAAAUCAUUGUGACUGGAUACAAUACUCUGCAGUUGGUAUACUUUUUUACUGGAGGCUCCGAUGAGGUACGCGCUUGGACAAUCCGCAAAAACACCAAAGCCCCGCAAGCUGCUGGUACCAUUCAUACCGAUUUUGAAAAAGCAUUUAUUAUGGCUGAAGUCAUGUCAUUUAACGAUCUCAAGGAACUUGGAUCAGAAGCUGCUGUCAAGGGUGCUGGAAAAUACAUCCAAAAAGGCCGAGAAUAUGUUGUUCAGGACGGUGAUAUCAUUUAUUUCAAGGCUGGUCAGAUUGCCAAAAAAAAGUAACCUUGUUUCCGAGACAAAUAAAUCCUCAAUGCAC